CAAAUCAGAUGUUUAUACUCGAUUUACUCGAUAACUUACCACGGCUGAGGCUUUCUGACGACCACAUGAAGGUUUUCAUAUGGGCGUUGAAGGAAUGUGGCGCGUUGAAUGUCCCGACAUUUGCACACCUGCGUGCACAGCAGGCUCGCUUGACAAAGGAAAUGAACAUUCAGACUACGCACCACGUAUCAGCCCAAAACAACCACUUCUACGCGAAUUGCCCAUCUGAGACAACUCGUCUUGAUUUUGCUAACCCAUUGGUGCGGCCGCACAUGUCAUUUCUCCCACGAGUUGGCAUACCGAUCUCGGAGUUCUACGAUGGCGAGAAAUGUCUGGAGUUGGAUGAGAAGGCAUUAGAUCGCGGUCAACUGAUGUGGAUGGACAAGGAGAACGCACCACGUCGUCAUUUCUACAUCAGAGAGCUUGCACGCCUGCGCGAUGGACGCUUUGUCAUACCCGUUCGGUUCGUUCAGGACAGAGAUGUUGACUGUCUUGAUGGUUAUCUUGUAGUGCACUAUGCUGCAACUGGUAUUUUCGUUGUUCGCGAUCAUGUGCUAAUCCGGGUCGAAGCGAAGGAGCUGCAGGACAACGUUAUUGAUAUAGAAAGGGAGACUGAGAUCAGAAUUAACGGUGAGAACUCUGCACCAUCAUGGGUGGCAAAGAACCAGCACCCAGUCCGGGCAAUUGCAGCGCAGCGCCCGGCUUAUACCGUACGGCUGAUGAGCUGGAGCGAUGAUGUGUCAGGCAACAAGUCUAAGCAAUACAACGCGCAUACGAACGUCUACAUGGCAAACAUCAACUUACCGCAUGACAAGCUCAAGCAAGAGUAUUUUGUUCGAUUCUGUUCGACCUCACAACACGCUUCGUCCUCUGAGCAGCUAGAAAUACUUGCAAAGGACACAGGUCCCGACCAAUGGCACACGGCAUAUGAUUGCGCGCUCCAUGAAGAAGUCUUGUUCCGGCUCAUUCCUCACGUCUUCCCGGCCGAUAACCCUCAGCAGUCAGAGCAUACUUCACACAUUGGUGGGAACGGGAACAAACCUUGUCGCGCCUGCAGAAUCGGAGGUACCGCCGAAGAGCGAGAACAAGAGGAGCAAUAUGAGACGUUCUUCCAGCCGGGACGCCUACGCUCAGCAGAAUACACUGUCAACGAGAUCAAGUCGCAACUCUGGAUAGCAGGCCUCGGUGUUCAAGACACGAUCGAUCUCAUGCAAUCGCACACCGGCGUCAAAGACAAGACCGCACAAUACUGGAUUGACAUCUUGAUCAAGAAGGCGCGUGCAAUGCAGCAAGAACGUAUCACGUCCAAGACGACGAUGGAUCCCCGACUGAAAGACCGGCGCGUCAGCCGUGAUCCGCAGGCGAAGCAGGAUAUGAAGGCGACAAUCAUGAAUGAGAUCCAACACGAGCUGCACGAAUGGCUGGUCCAGCAACCCUCACACCAUUAUGACAGCCUUCCACUGGAUUCGCCGGAUCGACAUGCUCUGCGACCCGGCGACCACUAUAAUAUCCUCCUCGGUCUCCCUGGUGUCGAGAUUCAUCUAGAUACCCCAUGUGAGAUCUUGCAUACCUUUCUGCUUGGUCAAGACAAGUAUCUCUGGCACACGACGAGCUCGCCCUGGGACAAACGAAAUGACGAACUCUUUGCUACCCGGCUACGCGGAUCUUCGGUGGACGGCUUAUCGUUACCGCCCAUUCGAGCCGAUUAUCUACUCAAAUACAAGAAUUCUCUUGUCGGGAAACAUUUCAAAGCGUUACAGCAGGUUGGCGCUUUCCAUCUGUAUGGUGGCCUAUGCCCCGACAUCAUACGCGACCUCUGGAAGGCUACCGGUGAACUUGGUGCGGCGUUGUGGUUCAGUAAGAUCCGUGAUAUGGACCAAUACACUGCUGACCUGGAGAUUCUCAUUGCAAAUGUGCUCGACAUCUGGGCAAUCAUUGACCCAAACCGGAUCUUGACGAAGAACAAACUACACGUUCUGACUCAUCUCAUUGCGAACAUCAGACGCUUCGGCCCCGCUAUCCUCUACUCUACGGAGAUCUUCGAGUGCUGGAACGCUAUCUUCCGCUUCUGUAGCAUUCUUUCCAACCAUCAAGCCCCAAGCCGUGACAUUGCAGUCACUCUCGCUGACAUGGAACGUUUCAAGCAUCAGGUUAGCGGUGGCUGGUGGCGCAACUCCACAGGAGAGUACAUACGUGCUGGUGACAGUGUCCGGGCAUUCUUUAAAGAGAACGUCACCCUUCAGCAUCGUCUCGGAUGGGUCGAACACGUAUCUCUCCCAGAAGGUUCAGUUAGGCUUGAGGCGCAAGCGAAGCGGUGUCCUUCGAGUUGGGCAGAUGCAACACAAUCAUUGGGCGAAGUUCAGCCACCACCAUCCAGCAUUUCUCAUGCCCCGCCGGCCUCAGCUGCUGCCACAAAUUCAGGGACACAGUGGCAGCACUGUAAGUACCUCAUAUCACAAUCCACAGACGUAUGCAAGCCGGAAUCGUGGGUUUUCUUCAAAGCCAGUCAGGAUAGGGCGGCCGCGCAUUCCAGCGUCAUGGCUGGUCGUAUUUCCAAGAUUUUAUCUCCCAUUGACGGCGGAGAAGCAGUCGCCAUCAUUAAGCCUUUCGACAUCGCUGAUAAAUGUGAUGAAUAUCUCAAUAUGCCAGUUCUCACUCCGCAUGACGGGCCGGUUUGCUUAGUCGCACCGAAGGAUGUCUUGUUCAUAUUCAAUGCGCAACACGACUGCCGCGUGUGCGGCUGUUCCGCAACAGCACCAGAGGCGAUUAUCCAGGAACGACUUGUCACUGCCCGUACUCGCUCCGCUGUGAAGCACACGGAUAAGCCACGCUACUUACUCAACAUGCACGCGUUGCACAAUGGCGACCUUAUUCGUGAGACGUUGCCGCGAAACCUCACCGAACCGAAGUACUACAUCGCUCGCGCGUACCGUCAGGCUAAGCACAGCCAAAUUGCCCGUGGCCUACACCUAACCGGCACACUUCGGCGUAAACAAGCGGCAGCAAAAGCUGCUGAAACCCGGGCACGUAACAAGGAGGCUCGU